AUGCCGAUACGGAUACGUCUGCGUGCGCCAGACGGCCAACACACCAUAUCCCUUGACGACAACGCCUUCGUAUCAGAUCUUCUCUCGUCGAUCGCUACCACCACAAACCUGCCUCUGUUUGAUCUGAAAUGGGGCUUUCCUCCACAACCACUCGAUCCGGCAUUAUACGGCAUGAGCACGCUACUCAACGAGACCGAUCUCAAGCUCAACGGCGCACAGAUAAUCGUACUGGGUCAAGCAACCGGUGACCCAAGCGAAAUCCACGCACAACAGCAGAAGGAGCAAGAACAGAAUAGAUCGGCACCGCUCUCGCUAAAGAGCAAGCAAAGCGAGGCACUGAAGGAGACGCCGGAGAUCCCGCUCCCUUCACGAGGCGGUACUAUGGUGUUAAGAGUCAUGCCUGAUGAUAACAGCUGCAUGUUCCGCGCGCUUGGCACCGCCGUCUUGUCUUCGUCUCUAGACUCAAUGACCGAACUGCGAUCACUUAUCGCGCAAGCUAUACAAGCCGACCCAGAGACCUAUAACGAGGCGGUGCUCGAUCGGAAGCCGGACGAGUAUUGCCAAUGGAUUUCAUACUCGGAUUCCUGGGGCGGCGGUAUCGAGCUCAGUAUUCUUUCCAAGGAAUUCGAUGUUGAGAUUGCAAGCAUCAACGUGCAAGACCUACGAGUCGACACGUUCAAUGAGGGGAAGGCCGAAGCGGUGUAUACUGGUGUAUUCGGGGAUCCACUACGAUACGAUCGCAUUCGUUCCACAAGGUGCCUCGACGCUUGA